GUUAAGUAUAAUUUGUACCUAAUGUACUAAUGUAUUAAAACAUUGAAAGAUUAAGCAGCAUUUAGGUUUAAAAUCAAAAACAUAAUAAUGUCUCUAUCGGAUUUGAAGCAUACAUUGAGAAAACAUGAAUUCCCAAUUUGUGCAAGAGAAGCUCUUAUAAAAAUAGAGCAACUAUUAAUAGGGCGAUCUGCUCCCAAUAGUAAACAACUAGAUAUAGCAAUGGACAUAACCUCAGAAUUUAUUUUUUGCGAGGCAGACCGUCGCGGGAGCCGACGAGGACUGAAUUCUUUGCAAGAAUUACAGCUAAUUGAUAUUCUCUGUGAUUAUCUCUCGGCUUGUACCAAUGAAACUACUAAAAACACAAUAUUUUUAUCAUUAUUUGGAAGCACAGAGAGCCACAAAAGAUUAAAAAUACUAAGUACAUUAGCCAGUAUGGCUAUGUCAGCAUCUUGUACCUCAGUGUUAUUAGCAGUUGGUGUAUGGCUCCAACAAAUGGGUUGCUCAUCACCUCAAUCAUUACAACUAGUGGAAAACCUUAUUAAAGAUCAUUUCUUUCUAAAUACAUCAAACCAGAACACAUUAAAGUUACUAGCAACCACAGCACCUAAGUUUGUGGCCAAUUUCAUAACAGCUGUAACAGAAUUGUAUAUGAUUGAUGUUCAAGGUGUUAAGAAGUUACCACCAAAUAAUUUAUUGGAAGUGAUAACACUGUGGGUAUAUUCCAACCCAACAUUGUGUAUGUCAGCUCAGCUGAACCCAGCUUCAUUACCUGCUGGUGCUAUUCCAAUGGCUGCAGUUACUCCACUUGCUGGCUUAAUUCAUUGGUGUGCACUAGCACCCAUUUAUGUUCAAGAUGAGUGCCUUGACGAAGUUCUCCCAUUAAAAAAAAUUAAAAUAGAAAAUGAAAACCAUUCUACAUUUAAAUGUAAUAAAAGUCUUUGUACUUCUGAAUUAUAUAUCAAACUACACUUGGGUGUUUUGCAAAGUUUAAGAGCGGGAAGAAGGACUCAUGGACCCCCAACUGCAGUAAAUGGACAACAUUUAGCUGCAUUAAGUCCACUAGUGCAGUCUUAUGCUCAUCAGCUAGUUAAACGAGGUAUUAAGUUACAGAAUGACUCAAAAUUACAGGACUGUUUGGACAGAAUUGGUCAAGCAGUACAGGUGGCAUUAGCAAAUGGAUGUGUGUACGGCAACAUUAGCAACUUGCUUGCUGCUUUAGAUACCUUGCCAGAAAACAAAUUACUCCGCAUUAUCAUCAAGAAACAUCAACAAAGUAUAUGAUCUCCAGUUUUAAAUUUUAUGAGAAAAGAGAUAUUUAAUUAUAGUCAACAAAUAACAAAAUAGAUUGUUGUUGUUAUUAUAUAGUUAUUGUAAUAUACCUGUGCAGUGUAAGAUGCACUAUACAUGUCUUUGACUAUCUAAUACACAUGUUGUUUGAUUUACACUAAAUAAAUCUCUAGCUGUCUA